UGCCCAGUGCAUACAGCACACUAGGGAGCUUCGAUAGAGACGGAUCCUGACCAUUAUAAUUUAUAAGAGGCCCUAAAUUUUUAAAAGUUCAGAUAUUCCUGCUCGAGAUCGCUUCAAGUUCAUUGCUGCAGUAUCAGCUGUUCCCCAGUUGUUAUAUGUUCACGGUUCUACGUUCGUCCAAGGCAAAAGAUAAUGGAAGGUGAGCAUUUGACAUCAUCCUGAGUGAGUCUCUAUUACGACGGCAUCAUUCUUUCACGACGAAGUGCUAAAUAUCGUGACAUCAUCAUGUUGUCGUCGGCUACGGUUUUAGCCAUUUCCACAAGUUCGGCGCUGGGAUUUUUCCUUCUGAACGCCCUGCUCAGGUUAUCGCCCCCACCAAUGCGUCACGUGGUCGUAUCGAAGCAGCAUAAAUGGAGAAAUGAAGUAGGAUCAUUGGUUCAUUCGGUUAUCGUCGGUCUAGGAUCGCUAUAUUGUUUGACGUUAUCACUCUUGAGUGAGGAGGAUGACAACUCUUAUUUCACAGAUAUAGAAAUAUUUGGCGCCUUAUCAGUAGGUUACACAAUCUAUGAUACAGUAGAUCUGUUGCAGAACCAAUCGAUAUGGAAAGUUCUUGGUCUGUGUAUUCAUCACAUAGCUGUUUGCGGAUGUUUUAUCUUAUGCUAUCAAACGGGACGCUUCUAUCAUCUUUGUAUAUUUGCCAUGAUGGUCGAUUGCUCUAGCAUUUUUCUACAUCUCCGCAUGCUCCUCAUCAUGCAUGGUUUCGAUAAGGACCAUCCCAUUCGAACCAUCAACACAUUCACCAACGUCGUAUCUUUUGCUGUCUUCCGUCUCGUAAUCAUCGUCUACAUCCUCGUCAACGUCCUAUUCGAACCGGAACUCCCCGGCAUCAUUAGGAUCGCGUUAUCUCUGUUAAUCUCUAGUCUUCUCGUUAUUAAUCUUGUACUCUUCAAACGACUCAUUGUUAGCGAUUUAACUUCAAAGAAAACACAAUUACCGUCGUCACAGUCAGCGCCACCAUCGUCGUUUAAUAAUGACGUAGACAUUUUGGAUACAUCGUGAAAGGAAAUAGUGAUUUAAGGUGCGUCGCAACUUCUGUGACUCUUUUAGUUGGUUACAACACUAUUAUGUCAUGCAAUUCACUGACCUCCACUAAAUUUUCUUCUUAAACGUGU